AUGGACACUACAACCGUCUUGGACAAGUAUACACAGGACCUUUCCAACCUCCCGUUGGAAGUGAGGCACCUUAUGGAAGAGAUAAAAACUAAAGAUACGCAACUUAUGGACGCCCGAAGGCGGUACCAGUCCAAAGACAGUCAAAUACACAAGUUUAUAAAAGCAAAUGGUACUCUUGUGAAACACCCGAAAGAACAACAACUAUACCAGAAAAUUGAAGAAGAAAUGGAAACAAUCAAAAAGAUACAAAAGGAGAAAAUCUUGCUUGCGAACACAGCAUUGUUCUUGGUUUCCCGCCACUUGUUCAACUUUGAGACAGACGUGACAAAAUUGGAAAGAGAUGAUCUUCUUCCACAGGUGGACCCGGAAGACGAGUCCGAGCUCAAUGCUCUUGUAAGCGACUCGGGGGUUUCCACGCCUCGUGGAACCCUUUCGGUGACUCCCGCGUACGAUGCUAGAGAUGGCAGAGAAGGACUCCGUAAAGCUCAGCGUAGAAAGAUGAAUAUCAAAAAUAUGCGGAUGCGCCGUGGACGGUCUGAAGAAUAUGACGAAAUGGACGAUUCUCGCCGGUCGUCUGUGGACGGCAGACACAACGAGGACGCGGACAAUAACCUCUACUGUUUCUGCCAGCGGGUUUCUUUUGGCGAAAUGAUUGGAUGUGAUAAUGACGACUGCAAAUACGAGUGGUUCCACUGGAGUUGUGUGGGCAUCACAUCUCCGCCAAAAGACGACGAGAUAUGGUACUGCCCCGACUGCUCGCCGCGCAUGGAGAAGCGAAGAAAGAAGCGGAAACUCUGA